GAGAAGCGAGCAGGGCAAAUAAAUGACUCAGUCUAAUGAGUAAGGUAAUUGCCAUUCGCUGUUAGAUGAGGCUAAAGUGGGUCAGGUUUGUUUGUGAAACUCCACGGAGGCACCAUCUGCUCCCUGUGUCCCAUCCUGGGGGCUGGGGAUGGGGUUUGGGUGGAAUUGCUUCCCUGGGAGCCUGGGGAGCAGCGCUGGGGUGUCCUGCUCAUCAGGCAGGGCCGUGGUGGGCUCUGGGGAUGGCCCCGUGUGGCUGCAGGUGCUCCCCUGAUCCUUGCAGGGGGCUCUGAAAUGAUUUCCCUGGGAGAGGAGACCCCAAAUCCUUUCUGCCAUCUGGGAGAGGUGGCUGGACAGGAUGGAGAGGUCAUCAAGCCUCCAGGGCAGGACUGGCUUUUCCCAAACCCUUGUGAAGACAAACCUGGCACGGACCGAGCUUUCACCUUUAACCUGCCCCUCUCCCAGAGCCCGUUGGGACGGGGACUGUCCCUCCCAGCAGUGACACAUCCGUGUGGCCCCUGGAUUUCCCUGUUCCUCACUGUGUUUAACGCUCUCUCCCCACAGCCUGUGAGCAGCAGGGGAAACCUGCAGCAGGAUCCCUGCCCGGGCUCUCCACAUCCCACCAGAAGAGGAAGAGGAAAAGACGGUUCCUUCGCCGUUGAUAAAAUGGGAAGCAGCAUCUCGCCAGCAGCCCGGGAAGGGAAGCUCCAAUCCUUGCCUGGGGGGCAUCCCUGGGAUCUCUGCAGCUGGCAGGACACGGCCCUGUGCCACUGAGGGGUGGGGACAGCGUGGCUGGGGACAGCAUGUCCUUCCAGAGCCGCCGGAGCCAGCUGCUGCUGGUCAACUCGCUGACCUUCGGGCUGGAGGUGUGCCUGGCCGCCGGCAUCACCUACGUGCCCCCGCUGCUGCUGGAGGUGGGCGUGGAGGAGAAGUUCAUGACCAUGGUUUUGGGGAUAGGCCCUGUCCUCGGGUUGGUUUUUGUGCCGCUGAUCGGCUCGGCCAGCGACCACUGGCGCAGCAGCUACGGCCGGAGGAGACCUUUCAUCUGGCUGCUGUGCCUGGGGGUGCUGCUCAGCCUCUUCCUCAUCCCCCACGCCAGCAGCCUGGCCAGCCUGUGUGCCCUCAACCCCCGGCCUCUGGAGAUCGCCUUCCUCAUCCUGGGCAUCGGGCUGCUGGAUUUCUGCGGCCAGGUGUGCUUCACCCCGCUGGAGGCCCUGCUCUCCGACCUCUUCCAGGAGCCGGACAACUGCCGCCAGGCCUUCUCCGUGUACGCCUUCAUGAUCAGCCUGGGGGGCUGCAUCGGCUACCUGCUGCCAGCCAUCGACUGGGCCUUCCUGGCGCCCUACCUGGGAGGCCAGCAGAGCUGCCUCUUCAGCCUGCUGGCCCUCAUCUUCCUCGCCUGCGUGCUGGCCACGCUGUUUGUGACGGAGGAGGAGGCGGCCCAGGGGGAUGUCCCAGAGGGGCCAGCGCUCAAGGACACGUCCCCCAAGGUGUCCCUGGCGUGCUGCUGCUGCCGGCUGGCGCGGGGGUCGUGGCUGCUGCAGGGCAGGCAGGUGCUGAGGGCCGCCAGGAACGUGUGCGCGCUGCUGCCGCGGCUGCACGGCCUCUGCUGCCGCAUCCCCAGGGUCAUCCGCCGCCUCUUCGUGGCCGAGCUCUGCAGCUGGAUGGCUCUCAUGACUUUCAUGCUGUUCUACACGGAUUUUGUCGGGGAAGGGCUGUACCACGGCGUGCCCAGGGCCAAGCCAGGCACGGAGGCCAGGCGCCGCUACGAUGAAGGUGUCCGGAUGGGCAGCCUGGGCCUCUUCCUGCAGUGCAUCACCUCCAUCUUCUUCUCGACAAUCAUGGACCGGCUGGUGAAGCGCUUUGGGACGCGGGCAGUGUACCUGGCCAGCGUGGUGUUCUUCCCCGGGGCCGCCUCUGUCAUGUGCCUGUCCCACAGUGUCACCGUGGUCACCAUCUCCGCUGCCCUGACGGGAUUCACCUUCUCCGCCCUCCAGAUCCUGCCCUACACGCUGGCGUCCCUCUACCACCACGACAAACAGGUAUUUCUGCAUAAAUACAAGAGGAAAGAGGAGGAAGAUGCCGCUCUGCUGGACAAAAAAUCAGCUUUCUCCAAGGGGCUGCUCUCCAGCCAGAAGCUGCCUUAUCAGAAUGGCCACACUGGGAACCUCUUCUCCUCCUCCUCCUCCUCUUCCUCCUCCUCCUCCCCUCCGGCCGUGUCCAGCUCCGCUCUGUGCGUCAGCUCCUCCUGCGAGGUGUCCCUGCGGAUGGUGGUGGGAGAGCCGGAGCCGGGGGCUCCUGGCCGGGGGAUCUGCCUGGACCUGGCCAUCCUGGACAGCGCCUUCCUCCUGUCCCAGGUGGUGCCCUCGCUCUUCAUGGGCUCCAUCGUGCAGUUCACGCAGUCGGUCACCGCCUACAUGGUGUCCGCCGCUGGCUUCGGGCUGGUCGCCAUCUACUUCGCAACCAAAGUCGUCUUUGACAAGGGUGACAUGGCCAAGUGCUCGGUGUGACACCGGGGGUGGCAGCAGGUGGCAGAGGGGGACUUGUGUGUCCCCAGGGUCUGGCACCGGCCGUGUGUGUCCCCAAGUCCUGGUACCGGCCAUGUGUGUCCCCAGGGUCUGGCAUUGGCCAUGUGUGUCCCCAGGGCCUGCCACCAGCCGUGUGUGUCCCCCCAGGGAUGUCACUGGCCGUGUGUAUCCCCAGGGAUGUCACUGGCCAUGUGUGUCCCCAGGGAUGUCACUGUCCAUGUGUGACCCCAGGGCCUGGCACUGGCCGUGCCCCAGCCGCUGCUGUCACCCCGGGGGUGGCUGUGGGGCUGGAGGCAGCACGGGGUUAAUCUCAGGUGUAAAUAAGAGGCUUUGGGGCGGUGUCCUCAGGGCCAGAAGUGCUUUCCAGAGGUGCCUUUAGCAGAGGGAAGCACGGCACAGCAGCACCAAAGGGCUUCUCCAGGGGGGAAAAGGGAAUUGGGUUCCCCCCGGUAACGGGUCGUGCUCCUGAGCAGGAGCGGCACAGCGAGGGGAUCCAUCCCUGGCUCUCCUCCACCUCCAGCUGAGUCCUCUCCCCCUGCUUCCUGUGGUUUUACCCAACUUCUUGAGCAAUAAUUCAGCAGAUGGGACGCUGGGAGGAGAUGUCCUGGGGAAAAAAAGGCAGCGGGGAGGCCGAAGUUUGGCUGUGGGGCCAAAGGGGUGCCCAGGUGUUCACCCACAUUUCUGCCCUCCUGUCCUUCCCCUCCUCGAUCCAAAACUUAGAGAAAACUUAGCAUGCCUUGUUUUGGGAAAAACAAGGAAGAUCCCAUUAGGACCGGUUCCAAAAGGUGACUUAACCUUUAGCUACGUACAGGCUUGCAUCAGAUAGGGAGAACUUCUGAGCUUUUAUUUAUUUUAUUUUA